GGUGCCCCGCGCGGCAUGGAGCGGCGCGUGGCGGAGCGGCUCCGGGGCGCGCUCGGCCCGCUCGGCCUCGAGCCGCACGCGUUCAAGGUUGGAUGGUACAAUGCUGUUGUCCAGCCAGCCUUUCAUCUCCCCUACCCAGACGACACACUGGCCUUCGUGAUCCUCAGCACACCUUCAAUGUUUGACAAGGCCCUUAAACCUUUUGUGAAGAAAGAACGAUCAAAAAUAAUCAGGGAUCCCGUGGAUCAGUGUAUUUCCUAUCAUUUAUCACGUGUGAAGGAGAAAUUCCCCGACCAGAGGGUGGAUGUCAUGUUUGAUUACGAGAUCCUGCCCAGCCGAAAGCCCAAGUUCUUGGCACAGACAGCUGCCCACGUUGCUGGAGCUGCGUAUUACUACCAAAGGAAGGAUGUGAAGCAUGAUCCAUGGGGGAAAAAGAAGAUCUAUGGCGUGUGUAUCCAUCCCAAGUAUGGCGGUUGGUUUGCUAUCCGGGGUCUCCUCCUGUUCCCAGACAUUCAGGUGCUGUUCCUGGAGCAGCCUGCCCCUGUUGACUGUGUGAGCACAGAGGAGAAAAGGAUUGAGUUGCUGGAGCAGUUCAAUUUUCACUGGCAGGACGGGCGCUACAGGGACGUCAUUGAGGUGAAGGAAAGGUAUUCAGAGGAGCAAAGAGUCUACUUUGCCACCCCUCCAGCGGAGAGAUUCCGACUGCUGGGGCUGACACAGGAAGCCCAGAGAAUCGAAUUUCAGUGAGUAACUGGCUGCAGGGAGGGGCAGAGGGCAGCAAAGUGUAACUCAUCAGCGCCGACCUUUCCCUGGUGCCGAGGAGGAGAAUGGUGUGCGUAUAAAGAGACGGCAAAUCCGAGCAGCGUGGGCAGCGUCUCUGUCCAAACGUCAGCUUCCCAGAGAGAGGGAGCACUGCUCCAUACCAGUGCUGGGGGAAGGUGGGAGCAGUGCCUUCCGUGCUGCUGCUGAUGGGGCGUGUCUUUUGGGGAGUCCCUCUUUUUGGUAAGAUACCGAUUGGCCUUUGGUUGGGAAUAGUUCAGACACCCUGGCACCUGGAAAACCCAUGCUGCUCAUUAGAGAAGUCAUUUUUGUUCUCAAGAAUUUUCUUUCCAAGUGUCUUUGUAAAUGUAAAAAAAGUUCAGCCGUAGUACUCCAAAAUUUUUUUUUGUCUGAACUCAGGGCAAAUACUUUUUUAGAUGUAUCCAGCAUUUUAUUAUCCUAUGUCACAACUCUCCUUGGGGAAUAGAUAUUCGGUCUUUUCAGUCUUUUCUUCCUCAGAAAGAAAAUCUGCCCUGUAUUCCUUCACUAGGAAUGACGCUGGCUUAAUUUAAUUAAGAAGUCUUUAAAUGUCUCCUUUCCUCACCAUCCAAAAGAAAAUUCCCCAGGGAUUGUUUCAGUGAGUUGUGUGGUCUGUACAUGGAACAGGAGUGAGGAGAACGGAGCCAAUGGCAUCUGCUUCCUUCAGGGUGGUUAGGGAAGGGAAAGGGGCAGUACAAAGGUGCUGUUUCCUCUUCACCCAGAGCUUCUCAGAACACCAUGAUGUCCUUAGGUCCAUUUUAAACAUCUACCCAUUUAUAGAGCAGCUGACUGAAACAUUUGGAAAUAUGCUGAGUAAUCUCUGUGGGAGUGGAGGUUUUACUCCUGUCAAGGUAACUGACUGAAAAGGACAACUCUCAUGACCUUUUCUGAGGUAGAUGACAUUUGUAUUUAAAGCACUUUUCAGUGCCAGCACACCACCCCCCCCCCGAGUUACUGCCAUAAUUUGCUGGUGUGCUUUCUGUGUGAGGGAGUUUGUAAACCUGCACACACUUAAAAAACCAUCACAUGAAGCCUUGUCACACACACAGGCAAACAAGCAGAGAAAAAGGAAAAUAUUAAUGGCAUUCACAUUACUUACAUUGCUGGAUAAAACAUCUUCAGACAGAAACAUAGCAUUCAUUGGUGACUUUGUCCUCUUAGGUUUGUUCAGAGGUUACAAUGGCGCUGGGAACCGGGAAUUAAUUUAUCUUUGAGCGAUUUGAGGCUCGGGCCUCGUUAAAAUAAUAUAAUACAUUAAAGUAGUAUUUUAUGGGAGUUGUUUGACUUGACUCCAGUGCAAUGCUGCAAAUCACUAAGCACUUUUUUCCUUUCAAUGGUAUCAACAUGAUGCAAAAAUACUCACUUUGCAGAACUGAGCCCUUUCUUUUUAUGUUGUGAUUCUUCCUACCUUUUGGAGACUCAAACAUGACGGUUGCCCUCACAGCAAGUCACUGCUUGGUACAGUUUUUCAUAGUCUGUGCACUAACUCAGCGUAAUCCAAAUUCAGUAUAACAGGUUUGUUUCCCUGUAAACAGAGUAAUGGGCUUGUGAUCACUGGGUUUGUUUAAUGCAUUUGCUGUUACAAAAAGGUCUUUGUUGCUUUCCGUGCUUUGUUCAUGUCUGACUAAGGCAGACACCUGACUUACUGUGUGAUAGAGGUAUUGUGAUUUUUAAUUUAAGUAAAAUAAUGAAAUUCGUUUAAAUUCUGUUCUUUUGUUAUAGAAUUACUUCUGGUUGAAAUUUGUUUGACCUUUCAGAACUUUCCAGCUGAACUGUAAUUCAACAGGGGCUUGAGCUAAUGGCUCAUAUUAAUAACAAACACAAAAUACUGAUUAUCUCAGAAGGAUGAAUAUAGAAUGGAAUAAGAUCUAUCUUUUUACAUUACGAUUUAAAGUAAAAUAUUUUGAUUUUUUGCAUUGAUUUCUUACAAAUAUUUAAUAUUUUGUCUUAGUUAAUUUAUUAAACAGAUUACCACAGUCACUGCAUUUCAAUUUUUGUAAUUUAUUUCUCUUCACAUGGUAUUUUGGUUAAUAAAAUAUACAAAGUUGUGAGUAA